AUGGCGACCUCUACUCUUCCAGUGUCUAUCGCCACUGCCUCGUCCGUUGAUUCUGCAGCGAAGUCCUCCGAGUUGCCUCCUGUACCAAAGAAAUACAAGGCAUCCGACCUCCCUCUGCCGUCCGCGACCCGAGCGGCCAUCGAGUCGCUGGCGCACAGUUUCAAGAAGAAGGGCGGGUACGAUGCUAUUCGAAAGGAGGUCUGGGACAAGUUUGCAGCCAGCGAUUACGAGGCCCAAGUCACGAAAGCCAUCCUAGAAGUCGCCGAACAAGAAGUCAACCGCAACCCGGCGCAGCUUCUGACCCUCGAGCGAGGCAAGGCGGCCGCUCUCAUCGAUGGCGCACUCGAGCGAUCCGGGGUAUACCAAAAGGCGGAGCAGGUCAUCACACAGUUGAUCGAUAGGGCCGCGAUUGAAGAGCGCAUGCGCCAGCUGCGGCGUAACGACAUUGGCGAGGAGGAGGCCGCCGCUGAGCAGCAACGAGGAGCAAAGACAGACGAAGACUAUCAAGCGGAAACCAUGGCGAAGCGAGCCGAGCGCGAGAGAGUCCGCGAAGAACUGCGGCAGAAGGAGCUUGCUAUUGAGGAGGAAAAACGCAAGAUCGCGAGGGAAGAGCGCAAGAAGGUUGAAAAGGAGCGUGAGAAGGCCGAGACCCAACGUAAAGCCGAACGGGAUGCCAGGCGAGCCGCCAGAGAAAAGCUUCAGGCGGAACGGGAUGCCGAACGAGAAGAGCGCCGCCGGCAACGAGACAAGGAGCGGAGUCGAGAUAGAGAUCGCGACCGGAGCCGCAGCCGGAGCCGCAGCCGCAGCCAUCGGAGGGAUCGGGAUCGGGACCGCGAUCGCGACCGUGAUCGUGACCGCACCGAGCGGGAUCGGGAGCGACGUGAAGAGCGAGACCGGAAGCGCAAGGAACGGCAUGACGAGUCCGAGGAGGCCAAGCAGAAACUUUCGAAAGAGCAGCUCGAAAGACUUGAGCAGGAGGCUCUCGCAGACCUCCUCCGCGAGAGUAACCGUGUUACGGCGAAACAGCCUGAACUGGAGAUUGAUGAGGCGUUGGCACCACCGCCUAGAAAGCUGGCCCCAGCUUCUGCAAUCAUGCCCUUCAAGAAAGCCAUAUCUCGCGACUCGCCAAAGGUCCCGACAUCGAAGAAGGCCGAGCUCAAGACGGAGGAACAAGACGCCAGCGUUGCCGUCACACCCAAGGCCGACGCACCGACCGAGAAGGCUAGGAGCCGCAGUAACUCACGGGCUAUCGGGAAAGCAGAUCGAGAAAAUGACGACGACGACAGACGCCGCCGAGAUGACGACGAUCGCCACAGACGUGAGCGUCGGUCCAGGUCGCCCCGCCCGCGCGAUCGAUCCCGCGAAAGGCGUGACAGGUCGUGGUCAAAAAGACGCGAGCGGAGUCGAUCCCGGACCCGGACGCGACCUGAGCGACGAGAGAGGUCCGCAUCUCGUACUCGGUCCCGACGUGACCGGAGCAGAUCCCGCACACGUCACGACCGACAUGACAAAAGCCGCUCUAGAUCUCGCGACCGCCGAGAUCGUAGCCGGGAUCGCGCACGCGUCGACAGGCGCGACAAAAGUCGCUCGAGGACUCGUGUGGAUCGUCGUGAUAGGAGUCGUGACAGGAGUCGGUCCCGCAACCGCACCGACAGGAGAGAUCGCAGCCGCUCGCGCGUCAGAAGAGACAGGUCUCGCGUUGUAAGGAGAGACCGUAGCAGGUCUCCCAAGGCCGACCGCCGCGAGUCAAUCCGUCGUGAUCGCAGCCGCUCGCGCACGCGUCGUGAACGUUCUCCCGAAAGGACGAGAGAUCGUGACCGCAAGAGUCGAUCCAGAUCGAGACCUGCCACACCGGCCGUGCGAUCUUCCUCAAGGCUGGACAAAGACAAGGAUGACAAGGAGGCGACCAAGAUGGAGGAGGUUCGCAAGCGGGAAAAAGAGGCCAAGGCCUACCUUGCCGCGCAGCGUGAGGCCCGAGAGAAGGGUAUGCCAGUCCCUGGAAUCGACGACAAGAGAAGCGCGGGGGAUCGAUCUCCCGAAACCAAACGCAAACGCGACCUGGACGAAAUUGACCGCUAUGUGCCGCCCGGUAGAGACAGGGAGCGACCUCACGAUCUGGCCCGAGAUGACAACGAGCGCCGACGAAGUCGGUCUCGCAGCCGGAGUCGCGGCAAGGACCGGGACCGCGAGAGGGACCGAGACCGGGAUAGAGAUAGGAGAGACCGAGACCGCGACCGCGACAGGGACCGCCGGGACCGUGAUAGAGACCGGGUUAGAGACCGGGAUAGGGACCGGGAUAGGGACCGGGAUAGAGACAGAGACAGAGACCGCCGUAGCCGCAGGGAUGGAAGUAUCUCAUCAAGAAGGGACAGACGUGAUCGAAGCCGCAGCCGCAGAAGAAGCAGGAGUCGCUAG